GCCUCGAAGUAACAUCAUUCGAUAUCGACACAGGUCAAUAUUCUGAUUCUUUUCCAUUGCCACUGUCCUUUUAGUCUUUUACGAGGUUUGUAGGUCAUUUCGCUCUCUAUCUCUCUCUCUCUUUCUCACUGGUCAUCUUCUCAUCUCUGUCUCUGUGAUGAGCAUCAUCAUUUCAUAAGAAAAUGAUGAGAAUGGCCACUUUGAUUCAUUCAAUUGUCCAUCUUGUCCAAUUUUUUGUCACCUUUCUGAAGAGAUGUUCAUCUUAUUACAAUUGAUCAAGAACGGAUAUUGAUCAAUAAAUUGUCAAGCAAACAUAUUUAAUGAAGAUAUAAGAGAUUAGAAGCUAAUCUAAAAUAAAUAUCAGAAAAGAAGACCAAUUUGUUUGAUGCUUUUUUAUUCUUCAUCUUCUCUUUACCGUUAUCUCGAUGUCGAGAAGAAAGAAGUAAAAAAGUAUUCUAAAGAGAACAUAUUCCAUUUACAUUAUUUGAAAAACAAUGAAUAGUUAUCCCAACGAUUCAAUAAUUAAUCCAAUCCGCUCUUUUUAUUAUUAUGAUAAUCCAUAUACAACAUGGUUACCACCACCUGCUGAACCUUUAAUCCAUCCAACUUUGACACAUUAUGAAACACCAGAAAUAGUGACAACACUUUCAUCAACAUCACAAGAGCAUCUCAAAGUAUCAGAAAGUGAUCCUCGGAAUUCACCUGUAACCAAUUGCGAUGCUCUAUCACCUUUAAAUGGCAAUAAUGGUCAAUCAAAUCCUCACAAUGGUGACAGUUCAAGCUUAAUCCAAGACCAUUCUACCUUAAUUAACGUCGACGUGCAACCUUCAACCAAUUCAAAUGGUUCAUCUUCUGAAACUUCUAAUGCCAAUAGUAAAAAGCGAGAAAGUCGAGUUUUAUUCUCAAAAAAUCAAACCUACGAAUUGGAGAAACGUUUCUGUCAACAGCGAUAUUUAUCAGCUCAAGAGCGUGAGAUUUUAGCGUCAACCAUACGACUUACGCCGACUCAAGUGAAAAUUUGGUUCCAAAAUCAUCGUUACAAGACGAAAAGAGCUCGACAAGAAAAGGGUCUAGAUGUUAAUCCACUUCCAUCUCCUCGUCGAGUGGCCAUUCCAGUUUUAGUUCGAGACGGUAAACCAUUUCCAACCUCUUCUUCAACCGGAUCGGGUUCGGGAUCAUCUUCAACAUCGUCGUCAAUGAAAAACGACAUUUCUCGUUGUAACACAUUCACCCAUUUAGAAAUCGGUGGCAGUGCAAAUGGUGGGACACUUCACGGAAUCGGUGGUAUUCUCAGUUCGGUGGAUCCAUAUCCCAUGGUUCCAUGUCUAAACUCAUCCACAAACGGUUUGAUCGCCGAGUCGUCUACUCCCGUUUCCUUAUCCAACGAGAUUAUGAGAUUCAAUUCUUACAGCUACUUACCUGGAGGAGGAAGUGUUGUGAAUGGAGGUACAAACCUACAAAUCCUUCAGGCGAUUCAAUUAGAUUCAGAGCCAUGUGGAAAUGGUUUCAAUUCAGCCCUUCAUUAUCCGCCCACGUUUUAUUCAUGCAAUUAAAUUAAGAUAAAAAUCAACCUUUACUUGGAUUGAAUACCUUAUGAUUCAAUAUGAAUGACCAUUUCAAUCAAUUUAUUAUGUAUUUUGAAUAAACCGUUCAUAAAUUUAUAUAAUUUUAUCGUGUUAAUAUUAAUAAUAUAAAAAAUUAAAUAAAUGUUUUAAACUGUUGGUGGUUAUUAAAGGUAUUCAAUUGUAACGAAAUUUACAAAAAGGUUUGAGA